ACUGGAUUUGUCAGGGGAAUAUAUCGGCCAUUUUUGAAUUUGACUUGUUGUGUUUUCCGUUGCUUUAGAUUAAAUAUUUCAACUUUAAGAUAUUCUUUUUUUUUUGAAUUUAGUUUAAAGGACCGCUUGUGUUUAAUAACUUAACAGGUAGAGAGAAGUAAAUAUGGGCGAUAAAUCGAAAGAAGAAUUUGAGAAUAAAGAAAACGAAGCGUUAAGAGGACCAGACGCCGAAAAGGGUAAGCGUAAGCCAUAUUUCAAGAGAGAAUUGUCCUCCAUUAGCAGCAGAGAAAUAGCAAAAGACAGACGAAGAUACAAUUUAGGGAUAUGUCUAUUUUCUGUUUUGAAUGUACUCUUGAUAUCCUUGAUUAUAAUCACGGGUUAUUACGUCUUCUCUGAGAAAAAAGUUAUCGUGUUGCGUGAUGCCGACAUAUGUGUGCCCUGUGAAGACUUGAGACUACAUCCGGAUGACAAAAUAGAAGGAAUCGAAAGGCGAGGGGAAAACAAAACAGUAUGUUGUAUGAAGGAAGAAGAGGGAUCAGAUGCUCUUGUUGGAUAUUUCAUCGAUCACUGGUUAAAGAAGAAACUAGCGACUGAUGACCGACAGUUCAUCCGGUACGAGUGUAAUGAUAAAGACAAGACCACAUCACAAAAACCUAUCAUCAAACUGGUUGGAAAAACGGAAAAACAAAAGGCCGAACACCACAAGUUGCAUUGGGAUGGUGACUCAGAAAUGGCAAUAAAGUCAGAAAAUGGUGAACUCACCCACCACAAACAGCAUGGCUUCAUUGAAAUAAAGAAAUCUGGACUGUACCAAGUAUACAGUCAAAUAGUCCUAGACCAUGAUAUGAAGUCGCAAAGUCAACACAACGCUCCGGCUAUCUACCAACACUCUGUCGUUCUCAUAGAAGCUGGAACAAUGCAUGACAAAUAUGCCAGAGAGAAGAUUAUUUUGAAAACAUCGAACUCGCACUGUGCGAGUAAAUCGAAUAGACAGACAAUUACAAGUUACCUUGGUGGCGCCUUCCAGCUUUCAGAGGGAGAUAAACUAGCAGUCAAGGCUCACAACAAAACAGAACUGGUUCCAGUGCCUCAUAUGAACUUCUUUGGUGUUCAUAUGCUGUAGACAAGAAAUUGGUAAAUCCAAUCCAGUUAUCAAAUAUCAUUUCUAGCCAAUUUCCAUACAUCAGAACAUUUACUUUUAAAGCUGAGAAAUAAAUGUGGUCAUUUCUGGACACUUUCAAUUUAUUUGUAUAGGUGAAAACAAAUCUCAUUUCUAGUAACUUUUAAUACGUUCCAACAUUUAUUUUUAUAUCAUUUUAGCUAAUUUCCAGACAUCGGGACAUUCAUUUUUGUAACUGUAAACAAAAUGUGGCCAUUUCUAACUAUUAUAUAUAUACAUUGCACCAUUUAUUUUAGCAACUGUAAAUCAAAAAUGAUCAUUUCUAUCUACUUUCCAUUAAAGCUGAAAACCUUAAUUAAAUCAGUUUAGCAACUUUCCAUAGGUCGCAACAUUUAAGUUUUAUAACUGAAAAUUAAAUGUGAUAAAAAUACAUAUCAAAUUUUGACAUUAUGUGUGAUAUUUUUCUGUUUUUUUAAUGGAAAAUUGGUGUCACAGAAUAAUCUUUUUCUAAUGUUAUAUUUCAUAAAGUAUGGAGUGUAUUAUGGAUAACAGUACAGUCAAACCUGUGUUAAAACCACCUCUGAACAGAGACACCUGGCUCUAAAGACCACAUGUUUUAUUUCCCAUUUUAACAUUUACAGUGUACUUUAACCUGUGAAUAAAGACCUCAUUUUGGCUCUCCCAAGGGUGGUCUUUGUAGACAGGUUUGACUGCAUUUCAUUUAAGUUUAGCUGGUCGAUGUCGAACAUGCUGAUAAAUUGUUUUCAAAUUCAAAUUGUAGAUAGUUAUUGGAGGAUUAUCCAAAUAAAAACUGAAACCUUUGUAAUGUAAUUGCAGUAAUUUUAUAAAACAUAUCUGGGAUUGUUACAUCUUGAAUAUAUACCCGACAUCUGAAAUCCAAUAUUCGUAUCACGUUUAAAGCUAUUUCGCUGAAAUGGCAAAUUAAAUAUGAGCCGCGCCACGAGAAAAACAAAAUAGUGGUUUUGCGACCAGCAUGGAUCCAGACCAGCCUGCGCAUCCGCGCAGUCAGGAUCCAUGGUGUUCCCUUUGAAAGUCUAAUACAAAUGGAUAAACUGUUAGCGAACAUCAUGGAUUCUGACCAGACUGCGCGAAUGCGCAGGCGGGUCUGGAUCCAUGCUGGUCGCAAGGCCACUAUGUUGGUUUUCUCAUGGCACGGCUCAUAUAAAUAUACUUUUUGACAAAGUAAUAGAUAAGGUAGAACAUGUUUUUUAUACUAGAUUCACUUUAGAAACCUCUCAUUGAAAAAAUAUGCAGUAUUCAUUUUCAUUUUGUUUGUUUAAUUUUUAUGCUUGUCAAAUUAUCUUAAUAUUUCCAUAACCAGUUAAGAAGGUAAAUAUUUACUAUAAGAAAAUUAACAAAAAAAAAUAUUAGUAGAAAAGAACCUAAAAUAUAUGGUAAUUUCGACAGAUGAACAAACUUCAUUGGUUAACUUUCCUGAAAUAUAUCUUUCUUUUAAAGUUGACUGUAUGUUUGUAGCCUGAUGACUAAAACGAAAUUUCCUGAAUUUGUUGAAAUGAUAAACAUUUUUUUUUAGUAUUUUGUCCAUUUCUGAAGCCAAGCUAAAUCAUCAUUUGAGCCGCGCCAGGAGAAAACCAACAUAGUGGCUUUGCGACAGGAUCCAUGCUGUUCACUAACAGUUUUUUCUAAUUGCAAUAGGCUUUGAAAGCGAACAGCAUGGAUCCUGACCAGACUGCGCGGAUGCGCAUGCUGGUCGCAAAGCCACUAUGUUGGUUUUCUCAUGGCACGGCUCAUUUUAUAGUUCAUAUCAGUAGUUUAACUUCCUCGUCUAAACCAGGACAAGAUCCCCAUUGUUGGAAAUAUGGAGGCAUAGGAUAUUUUAUCAAAACCUGUUUAAUAUAAAGUUGUUUUUGAUGUUAUUCAAUGAGACUGUGAAUACGUAUUCUGGAUCUUGUCGGACCAAUGCUUAGGCGAAACUUUCCAAAAUGAUAAACUUUGGUUUUGUUCAGUAUACAUAUCCCGUCUCAACAAUCGAGAUGAUGAUAUUUUAUUUUUGUAUAGUAUAUAUCCUGUCUCAGCAAUCGCGAUGAUGAUUUUUUGUUUCUUUUUAAACCUGGGGUGUCCGACAUGUCGGUCGCAUUCGUUUUAGCUAUAAAGUCUAGUUCAUUUCUAUAAAAUCAGUAUACUAUUUAAACUAUUUAUAGAAUAUUUAUAUCUGUUUAUAAGGAGGUGGAAAAGUGACUCUUUGUUGUGUGAUGUCAUAAUGUUAAGAAUAAUUUAGAAAUUCAUAUAUAAGAAGACAUUUACUGAUUUACAAUGCAUGUUUACAUCUUCCACCAUUUUCUUGGACAAAUAGCUAUUUUAUGAACGUUUGCGUUGAUCUAGCAUCCACUUGGAGGUUAAACACUUUUAUUAGAUAGGUUGUUACUUUGUCUGCAUGGGCCAAACAGAAUAAAUGAGCCAGACAGUGAAUAUUGUUAUUUUUUGUACUUGUAUAUUAUUUGCCGACAUAAUAUCAUGAUUCUUCUUUUAGCUUUUGUGAUUCUAGUAAAACUAGCAUUUUUUAAUAGCGCCUAUAAUAUGUUUGUACAUAACUAAAUGCUUUGUCCUUAAAAAGAAAGGGACUGUAUGUAUAAAAAUACGUUUAAUUUAACCAUUUAUAUAUUUUCUGUACUUCUGAUUGAUUAGUCACAUAAAUUAUCAUGCAUGUAUUUAAUGAUAUCUAAAUAUUAUAUUUGUUCAUAAAUUUAAAAGCAUCGAGUACUUUUUAUUGCAUUCACUAAUUAAUGUACUAUUCUAUUUGUUUUCGUAUGAGCACUACAGUAAUAUGACAAUGUCUCCUAAGGAUCGCUCUGCAUACUGUAAAUUUCGUUGUGGUGUGACACCUAUAAGAAUUAAGACUAGCUGAUAGGUUCGAAAACUUGAGUAAAGAAAAUAGAACAUGCCCCUUUUGUCAAGCUAUUGAAACUGAAAGUCAUGUUAUUUUCAAUAGCUCUAUGUGUGAUGAUGUUAUGAUUCAGUUGCUUGCCCUAGUUUUAUCAAUAGAACCUAACUUCAAUAAUAUGCAGGAUUUCGAUAAGUUAAACUUGUGUUUUCUAAUCAUUCACUCAUUAGAAUAAGUGCUUAAAUUUGUUACGACAUUUUAAACAGAAGAAACGUUUAUCUAUGUAAAUAAUGUAAUUUCUUUUUAAUAUGUUAUUUGUACCUCUUACUUACUCCUAAGAAGUAAGUGCUAAUCAGUUCAUCUACGAUCUGAUCGGGAUGAUAUCUGAGUUUUAACCUAUUUUUCUAAUCUGCGCAAUAGUGCUUUUUUCAAAUAUCAGUGUUUUAAUCGCUCAUUUUAAUAUCCUCUUAAUAUAUGGAUUAGCGUCUACUUCUUAGCUUUGAAAAUAUGUAAAUAGCAUAGUGAUAUAAUGUAAUGUUAAGCGUACCCAAAUACCCAAAUCUCUUGUAACUCAUUACAUGAGGGGCUACGUACUUUUAUAUAUAUAUAUGUUGUUGUUGUUGUUGUUGUUUACAAGUUUGUAUAAUAUAAUUGUAUGUACAUAUGUACAUUGAUGAGACUCAAAUAAUAAAGAUUAUAUAUACAUGUUGUAUAUAUAACAGUUGACGAGGGCGAUUUCAAAUUUGUCAUUCAAUCGCCAUAGAUGAAGUAUUUAAUAACUUAGUCAAUGAAAUUUGUCUGGUUUUCACAAAGGUACUAGCCUGGAUUUGAGUACAGAAAGUUCGAUAUGAUAACAUAGUUUGCAGUAGCUAUAAACGUUGUGCUAUUCAAGUGGCUUAAGUACAAUAUCACGAAUUAUUCUAUAUCUGUUUUAUCUAUCCAGUCGUGAACGUUUCUUUGCAACACGUGACCAUACAAUAUAAUAGGGAUAUUAUAACAGUAACUUGAUCUGGGAUGCAGUAUUCGGCUCGAGUGGAUUUUGCCAGAUCGGAUCUCACGAGGCGCGCAAGCGCCGAGUGUGAUCCGACCUUGCAAAAUCCACGAGAGCCGAAUACAAAGUCCCAGAUCAAGCUACUGUUAUAAUGACCCUUUUAUUAUAUACCUUUACCAUUUUGAUUCUUGUUUUGUUCUUGAACGAAGUCUUCAAUGUUUAUCGAUAUUAAAUGGAACUUAGUGAAGUUUUUAUGUGCGCAAUUUAUAGAAAUGUGCCGGGUCAUGCAUAUUAAUGAAAAUAGUCCGGCAGCAUACAAUACGGAAGGUACAAUACGGAAUUUAAAAGGUACAAUACGGAAUUUUUGUCUGUCUGUUCAUAUUUAAUUGUGAAAUACAAGCCGAUUUUUUACAGAAUUUUCAUAGGUAUAUAGUAAAUUACUGUACUGGACACACGUGCGUACACAAUCACCUGUAUUUUUCCGUGUUUGGACGGUUCAAUAGUCUCAUGUUCAACAUACGAUAAAGACCGAAACGCGUGAAAACGUUCCGAUUGUAAAUCGGGUGACAUAGGCGCUCUAUGUACAGAGUUUGAUUAUGUGUCGUGAAAUCAGGAUCCUAAUAUAUCCAAAUAUAUCUCCGUAGUGAACAGAACAAUGUUAAAUAACUUAAUAAUAAACUGAUUAUACAAUAUUUAUAUAUUCAUCUUUUAAUUUCGUGUUAUGUAUAGUAUAUAUUUAGUUGGUAUAAUAUUUACAUGUACAGAUGUUACAAUUGUUGUAUGAAAUGUUAAUCUGUGGGAUAAAGUACGUAAGCUUCAAAAUUGUUUUUGUAUCUGACUUUAUCGGGAUAAAUUAGCAAAGGAAGUGAUAAACGUUUUUAUUAAGUAUAUAAAUCCGAUGAGAAAAUAUUGAAUUUGUCUUAAAAUGUAUUUAUACCAAUAUACAGCUUAGGUGGAUAAUAAGAAAGAAAUAUAAUGUUAAACAGUAUUUUUAUUAAUGGUCUACGUUAGUUUUGAGAUAGUUUGAUGUCUGUUUUUAAAGUGGCACUGUGGAAGAAAUGUUAUAUUUUGACAUAUGUUUCUUUUAUUACGUUUCAUAAUUUCGCAAAACAUUUACAAUCAUAUACAUUAUCAUACAAAAAAAUAAACUGUUAUUCAUUAUUGAAUGUGGAAUUCCACGCUUAGACUUCUGAGAUAAAACAUAUAUUUGGAGAAAGCAUGUAGCAAUCGUUUUAAUCUUUGUUUCAGCCUCUUGUGUACAUGGCAAUGAACGACUGUUUUUUUUUUUUUUUUUGGGGGGGGGGGGGGGGGGUGCAAUAUUGUUUUACUAAAAGUAUUCUUUGACUACAUUUAUAAUAUAAAUGUAGGUGGAAACACAUAUCUCUUCUUAUUAUGUAAGAAUUUCGCUAAAUGGAACUCCUAUUAUAUUACAUAAUCAACAAUGGAAAAUUAUAGUUAUAUGUACAAUGAACGUGUUUUUUCUGGGUAAUGUUUUUUUAAAUGAAACUUCUUGAUUUCAGUUAAAACCCAUCUUAUAUAAGAAUAUACAAACUUGUUUCUUUCAGAAAAAGUAACAGAACUUACCUAGAGAAGUUUCUUAGUGUAGAAAUAUACAUUUUAGCUUUUGAUACACACUGAGCGCUAAAAGUAUAUUUUGUAAAGAACACAGGGCUUUUGUUUUCAAUUUCAAAUUUUUGAAAUGUGCAUGUUUAUAAUUCUAUCACAACUGAAAUUACAAUGAGAAAACUGGAAUGUUUACUUUUUGUAGACGUUACUGUGUAGGGAAAUACAUAUUUCGCUCAGUCUAAUAAAUAUUUCUAGUGUUCAGGGGCCCAUUUUGUAUAGAAUAUCUAACUUAUUGUUUUGUUCGUUUCUAAACAAGGUGUAUAUCUAACAUGGGUUAUAUUACAUGCAUAGAUAAUUAUGUCAGACAAAAGUUAAAGUUUGUGAAAAAUAUUUUUGAAUAAAAGGUUUUGUGUUCUCCAGAAAAUAGACCAUUGGCCCUUAAAGUAUUUUAUAAGAAGCAAACUUUACAUUUCUAAACAAAGCAAUCUAGCUACUUUUUUCUGAACAAUUCAUAAUAAUAUUAUAUUGAAGAGAAAUACAGUUAAGGGGAGGUAAUCAAAAUAAUAACAUGAAACUUAAUAAAACGUUAUUGAAGAGUGUUGAUAUAUUGCCAUAACUUUGUUAAUUAUUUUUUUCUAUUUCAAUAUUGUUUGUAGUGAUCUCAAGGAAAAUCAUAUGUAUGCUUUUUUAAACAACAUUCAUAUCCAGUGCUAGAAUGUGUAAACUUAUUUUGAAUAAUGAAUUAUAGUUUAUCAAAUCUAAAAUAUCCAAAAAAAUGUAAGUAUCUUCAAAAUCUGUAAUAUUUUGUUUGUUUCUGUUAUUCUAGGUUUGAAUUUGAAUAAAAUGUUAUUUAAAUGUUA